UGAAGCCCAACGGCUUCGGCUCGAGCGACUGUUGAAGAACCGACGCUCACUCAUCGUUAUAUAACCUCCCCGCCAGAAGUAAGCCGGCUCCGUCAACCCUCGCGCUGCGGAGAAAAACAUCCCCUCAGAAACAUGACGCUGUUCGAACUUGACUGAAGAAAAAAAAGGUUUAAAUAAGCGGUCACCUGAAGGCGCUCACCUUUCCCCUCCAAUGCCGGCGGAUAAUAUAUGCUAAGGAGGGCCGACGUCUGACGUAGGCGUUCGACGUGUGAAUAUAUUAUGUUAAUUAUAGCCAAUAGGGAGAGCGCGUCCGCGUUGACUACAUGAUUAUGUUAAUAUAUUCCCAAGGGAGCCAAUGACGUUCAGUGUUUUGCUGCGUGCUCAUGAAUAUGUAGAGUGGCGCCCCGACACCGAUGCGAAAUACCGGAGGUUUGUGGUGACAGCGUCGGGCUCCUCACGGAGAAAAUCACAUUUUAUUUAUUUUUGAAAAUGCACCGCAAGCCUCCACAAGUCACGGAGCCCCGAUGUGACUCGACGGUUUUGUCCUCGUGGCCGGUGGUUCUGAAGACUCUGAUCGAGAACCCGCCGCAGUCGCUGCUGGAUAAAGAGGAGAAGGAUGAGGAUAAAGAGAAGACUGUAGAUGAAGCUGCCAGCAGCACCAUGGCAGUAUCAGCUUCCCUCAUGCCAACCAUCUGGGACAAGACCAUCCCUUAUGACGGGGAGACCUUCCACCUCGAGUACAUGGAUCUGGACGACUUCCUGCUGGAAAAUGGCAUCGCGAGCAGCCCAAGCCACCUGGGCCUGCCGGAUGCUCUGGAAAAUAGCCUCUUGUCUGUGGCAGAUCUGGACGAGAAGGAGAUGGCUCCUGCAAUGCCCACACCUGCUUGUAGAAGCGUGAUAUACCCGACAGCAAACUGUAACGAUUCUGAUGGAGACGAGUCCGAAAGUAAUUCUCCCACCUCAGAUGACACAGAGGCGAUUGAUGUGUUGGUGAACUUUGAACCAGACCCUACCGACCUGGUCCUGUCUAGUGUUCCUGGGGGAGAGCUGUUCGAUCCUCGUAAGCACAAGUUUUCGGAUGAAGAACUCAAACCGCAGCCAAUGAUUAAAAAGGCAAAAAAGAUCUACGUUCCAUCUGAGCAAAAGGAUGACCGAUACUGGACAAGGCGCAAGAAGAACAACCUGGCGGCGAAGCGGUCACGGGACGCACGGAGGCUGAAGGAGAACCAGAUCACGGUGCGGGCUGCCUUCCUGGAGAAGGAGAACUCGGCCCUGAGGCUGGAGGUGGCCGAGCUGCGCAAGGAGGUGGGACGCUACAAGAACAUCAUCUCCAAGUACGAAGCCAAAUACGGAACCUUGUAAGAAACCUUCAGCUGUCUUAGUCAAGGGGUGGGAGGAAAAAUGGUUGUCCAACAAAUCCCACCUCGAGGGACAGCCGUAACCUGCUAUUUUAAAGAAAGAAAAAAAAGUACAACUUCCUCUUCUCAGCUAUUCCCGCGCACAACCGUCUCAUUUAACGAGUUGACUGGUGUUUAAAUAUAUUCACGGAGUAUAUAUCCUCAAACAUUAUAUUUCUUGAAAUAAAAUACAGUGCCCUCUACCUGUACAUUUGGGUAUCACGUUACAAAGCCAGAGCCUUUUGCUGCUCGUCAGAGCCAACGUUGUCAAGUCAAGAGAGUUUAUUGUCAUGUAUCCCAGAUAGGACAAUGAAAUUCUUGCUUGCAAGAAUUGAACUCUUGAAGGGUGAAUAACGUUGAACUCUUUAAGGUAGGAUAACGGCGUUGGGGUUUAUUUUUAACAUGGGGCCCAGGCAAUCUAUUGUCCUGAACAAUUUUGUUUUCUUGUGGGCGUGAAUUGAUGAUUUGUUCCUGCUGAUAGAGUUCGGGCAUCUUUUCAGAGUUCAGGAGGAUGAGGGGUGAUCCUAUAUGGCUGUACAGAUCAUGAAACAGGUGGGAUAAAUGCACUUUUUGCCUAGACUAGGGGAAUCGAGGACCAGGGGACAUAGGUUUAAGGUGAGGGAGGAAAGAUUUACUAGGAACCUGAGGGGUAACUUAUUUAUACAAAGGGCGGCAGGUGUAUGGAACGAGUUGCCGGAGGAGGUAGUUGAGGCAGGCACUAUCGCAACAAUUAAGAAGGAUUAGACAAAUGCAUGGGUGGAUAGGAUAGGUUCAGAGGAAUGUGAGCCAAACGCAGGCAGGUGGAACGAGUGUAGAUAGGACAUGUUGGUCGGUGUGGGGAAGUUGGGCUGAAGGGCUUGUUUCAACACUGUAUGACUCUAUUUUCAACAUCCACAUCCAUAAGUGACUCCUACCCAAAAGAAAAGAACAUAAGGGAUAGGUGCAGGAAUACUUUCCACCUCACCUCGCUUGCCUCAUCAUUCAGUAACUUGUUGAGCAGUAAUUCCUCUUCCUUUGCAGGGUGCUUAGAUGUCUGUCCGUCUCAGUCUCAAGACUGAUAUUUGACAGUCUUGUCUUUUCCCUUGGAGCCUGUACACUGGCCUGCAUUUUCACUCCACAUUGAUAGCACUCCUAGGUUGCAUACAAAAUAUCUCCUUCAAUCAGUUGGUGAUCAUGAAUGUUUGUUUAUUUUUGGGGGUGAAUCAUUGUGUACUUUCAAGCUGUUAAAGUACCGUAGUUGCCAGCCGCAUGGUCUUGAACUUUGCAAGUGAUUUGCUAGACACACCAGUUUUAAGUUUAUUUGAAAGGCGGGUUUUAAAGUUUUGCAUUUAAACUUAUCAUUCCCCCCGCAUCAGGAUUCAUUGUCCUUUUCCAUGACUUUUUAAAGGGUCACAUCCGAGUAACUAUACAAUCCACGCAUAGUUGGGUCAACGCAAUGAAUCUACCGGUUCCCUUUGCAACUGUGCUGGUACUUUGCACUGUGCAAUGGUCAACGCAUAGACAUAAACUGUCCACUUCCCAACAUAUUUACUAUGCAGUAUGAAUGGGCGUCAAAUUCCUGUCAGCUGUGAUAGAAAGACAAGAGCCAAGAGUUUUAUUGUCAUAUAUCCCAAACAGGAGAAAUAAAUUCUUACUUGCUGCAGCACAAUAUAAUAAACGAGAAAAUGUUCAGUGGAUAUAUAUACACACAUUCGCACACACACUUGUAUACACACGUACACAAACACGCACCCAUGCGCACGCACACACGCACACGUACACGCACACACACACCAGUUUAAAAUCUUCCCUGAGCAAACCACCAGGUCUGGUGCAGAUUGAAUGAAGGGUGGAAAAAAGCACAAUUUGUAGCUCAGAGACAAGGAAAUGCAGAUGCUUGUUUACAAAAAAGAGCACAAAGUGCUGGAAUCUCUGGAGAACAUAAAUAGUUGGCGUUUCUAGUUGAGACCCUUUGCAGACUGCUCAGUACGUCACCUAUUCAUGUGCUUUAAAGAUGCUGCCAGACCCAUUGAGUUACUUGAGUCUUUUUGUUUUUUCACGAUUUGUAACUUGAUAGUUUAAUUUUUGGAGAUUUAAAGGUGUGGCGGAGGGUUUUAGAGGUGAGAUCAUGUUGUUAGUGCGUGCACUAACAUUACCUUGUCCCCUUUCUUUAAGUGUUCCAUGGGACGUGGAAUAAUUCGAGUGUUUUUUUUAAAACCACAUCUGGAAUGGACAGAAAGAACAACUGAGACAAAAGAUCUAAGCAAGUAGAUGCUGACUUUCAAAUGUGUCUGUAAUCUCAAUGUGUGGCUGUGCAGUUUGUCAUUUUAUACCCCCCACCCACACUUUUGCCCUCAUACCUUUUACCAGGUGCACAGCUCCCAGGUGUUUGACACCGCCCUACACCCCCUCUCAUCCCUAACUCUCUGAGGGUUACCGAGUACAUAGGGGGUUACCGAGUACACAUUAAUGUUCUAUUUGGAAUCACUCCCUUUGGGUUUGAAUUUAUUACGUUUCUACGCUCUCUGUUUCUGGAAAGUUGCAGGAAUGAGAAAUACGUUGAUAUUCAGACACUGGAAUCUUGAGCCAAACACAAAGUGCUGGAGGAACUGUGGUCCCGAUCCGACACGUCAUCUGUCCAUUCCCUCCACAGAUGCUGCAUGGUCCACUGAGUUCCCCUGGCACUUUGUGUUUUACUGAAAUGAGAUUGCCUUCAAGCAGUUGGUGAUUGUGAAACUUGUUUGUUUUUUAAACAGUGCUGGAAUAAAUCAGGCACAGGGAACAUGGAUAGGUGACGUCCAACCUAAAGAACGGUCUCGACCCAAAAUGUCACCUAUCCAUAUUCUUCAAAGAUGUCACCGAAAACCUCUCCUAACCAUGUUUUCCAGAGGCGCUGCCUGACCCACUGAGUUACUCCAUCACUUUGUGUCUUUUUUUUGUGAACCAGCAUCUGCAGUUCCUUGUUUCACCAUGAAACUUAUUAUUUUUUCGGGGUGAAUAAUUGUGUAAUUUCAAGAAGAUAAAGUAGUUGCUGGCAGUAUGGUCAUGAGCUAUGCAUGUGAUUUGCUAGACACACCAGUUUGAAUUUUAUUUACGAGGCAGGUUUAAAGUUUUAGAUUUAAGCUUGUUAUCCCCCUCCCCCCCCGCAACCCCGCAUCAGGAUUAAUUUCCUUUUCCAUGGCUGUUUUUUAAAGGGAAUACAUUCCGGUAAUUUUACAAUCCAUGCAUAGUCUUCAACCAAAGUUGUGUCGUGGCAAUGAAUCAACGCGUACAAGUGCAGUACUUUCACAGCCACGCACUCUGUCCUUUUUAUUUUUGCUUAUUUUUGAACUACAUGAAACAAAACUGCAGAGAAGUUACCGUUAAGUCUUGAUUGCAGAUUGUUGGAAUGGCGAGCAUGGUUCUGAUCUCCCCAGGCACAUAGAAAGCCCCCUGCAGAGGAGUGUGAAAGGGAGCCGUGCAGUUGUAAUUGUCAGAUGGGCAGAUGGAAUCAGGGUGAAACAAACAAGGGCAAGUCUGAGCCGAGGUUUAUGAAACGUAAGGGAUUUGAUAAAGGUUGAUGGGUGAAAAGCUCGACGUCAGUAACAAAUCCACGAGUGGAAACCAGGAACUGUAGCUGCAGAUUUACAAAAGACACAGGGUGCUGGAGUAGCUCAGCGGCUCAGGCAGCAUCUCAGGAGCCAAAAUUUGAAGGGUCCAACCCGAAACGGUGCCUGUCCAUGUCCUUCUAAUAAAUCCAGUAUGUGGUUUACCAACAAGAAUGGUGAGAUACAAUACUUGCAACUACCUGGAAGCAAUCAAUAAUGUAGAUAGGUAUGUGCACAAGUAAGAAAGGAAUGGAAGAUGAUGUGAGGAUGGUGAGUAAUGGCUUACUCAUUUGUCUUUAAUUCUGUUUUCUGAGAUAGCAUGCACAAUUUCGACUUUAAAUCACUAAAUCUGCAUUAAUAAUAAGGAUAAAAAUUGGACAUGGAAAAUACUUAUUGCACUAUCCUACCCCGCAGGGUGUGCUGGCUUCCCCCCCCCCCCCAUUGACAGAGUUUACAGCACUCCAGAAGCAAUCCCUCUCACCCCAACAUUGGGGGGGGGGGGGGGGGGGGUUGCACAGGAUCGAGGGGCCAGACUUUUAUCCAGAGAUGUCGAGCGAAUGAGUAAGUGUGUGAAAGUUGGUUUCAAGUUGAGUGAGUGACCCUUCCCAGAUGGAACUACCUGCUGCUGCUAUACCUGUAGUGUUGAGACUGCGAUGGUAUCUAUGCGUGUCGUAGACAAUGGGGAGGGAGGCAAUUCUGGACCUGCCACUGAUUGCAGGGCACAGCUGAUCAAAAUGCCAUUGUGGUUGUAGUCAACACGUUAAAAUAGUUGCUGGGCAAUAUCGCAAUCCAUGCGACAGGGCUUUGUUUUUUCCGCUGUAACUUUUAAUAGCUUGCUUGUAUGAAACAAUGUGCAUUUAAUAAAAUAUAUCUAUCUUGUAUAUGAAA